AUGUAUGGUGGUGUGUGCUUCAGUCUGAGGAGCAUGGACCAGGUUCUGGAUCUCCACCAGGAGGAUUUUAACGUGACAGUGGAGCCCGGUGUGACUCGGAAAGCCCUCAAUGCCUACCUGCGAGACACCGGCCUGUGGUUUCCUGUUGAUCCUGGGGCUGAUGCGUCUCUUUGUGGUAUGGCUGCCACCAGUGCGUCAGGUACCAACGCAGUGCGUUAUGGAACUAUGAGGGAAAACGUUGUAAACCUGGAGGUUGUGCUGGCUGAUGGGACUAUCAUACACACGGCCGGGAAGGGCCGACGCCCCAGGAAGACGGCAGCAGGCUACAAUCUGACAAACCUGUUUGUGGGCUCAGAGGGCACCCUGGGAAUCAUCACUAAGACUACCCUGCGCCUGUACGGCAUCCCAGAGGCCAUGGUGUCGGCUGUGUGCUCGUUUCCCUCUGUGCAGGCUGCUGUGGACAGCACAGUGCAGAUCCUACAAGGAGGAGUACCCAUCGCUCGCAUUGAGUUUCUGGAUGAUGUGAUGAUUGAUGCGUGCAACAGGUUCAGCUCUCUGUCCUACCCCGUGACCCCGACCCUGUUCCUGGAGUUUCACGGCUCGGAGCAAAGCCUCGAGGAGCAGGUCAACACAACCGAGUACAUCACUCAGAGUAACGGAGGUUCCGAUUUUCAGUGGGCUAGAGAUGCAGAAACACGUAACCGGCUGUGGAAAGCUCGUCAUGACGCCUGGUACGCUGCUCUGGCUCUCAGACCCGGCUGUAAGGCCUACGCUACAGAUGUGUGUGUCCCUCUGUCUCGUCUGCCUCAAAUUAUAGUGGAAACAAAGGAGGACCUGAUUGAGAACAGACUUACAGGUCCUAUAGCGGGUCAUGUGGGUGAUGGUAACUUCCACUGUCUUAUGGUGGUGGAUCCCAAUGACCCCGAGGAGCUGCGCAGGGUCCACCUCUUCACGGAGAGACUGGCCAGGCGAGCGCUGGCCAUGAACGGUACGUGUACAGGGGAGCACGGAGUGGGCUUAGGGAAGAGAGCACUGCUGUGUGAGGAGAUGGGACCCAUGACAGUCCAGGUCAUGCAGAGAGUCAAGGAUGCCCUCGACCCAAAAAACCUGAUGAAUCCCGGGAAAAUUCUCCAGCCGAGGGAACUGUAAAGAUCUUCAGUCUGAGGGAAAGUCACUUAAAUCAGAGAAUCUCCUCGUGAUCUGCUCACUGUUGAUGAUCACAAUGAAAUGGCAUUUUUAGAGCAUAUUGCACAUAAAGUAUUUGUCAGUGUAAAGACACUGUUAUGUAAUGUGGGAUGUGUGAGAUUGUACAUAAAUCUGAUGGUUUUAUUGUUGGUGUGCAUCAUGUCGGCACCAAAGGGACAGUUCUCCAAAAUCCAAACUAUAUAUUUUUCUUCUUAACCCAAUGUGUUAUCUUUUAAUUUAGGUUAUUUUGGUGUGAGUUGCCAAGUGUUGAAGAUAUUGGUCUCUUCAGUAUAAUGGAAGUAGAUGGCACACAGCUUGUGGGGCUCAAAGCUGCAAAACAAUACAUUUGCAAAACUCAACAGCAGUAUGUCUUUAUAGAAAUCAUGACCCAGUUAUUUAAUUUAAUUUAAUUCAAUGAGUUUAUGUGCUUUUUGUGUAUUAUUCUUAGUUAUGGUAUGUGUGGUAAUAUAUUGAUCUGUUAGUAUAUUUUAAAGAAAAAAUCAUCCAUUCCCUCCAUUAGUAAAUAAUUUAAUUCUUGUGUUUUGGCUAAAGCUCUAUGUUCCAGUCAGCACUAUAGUUUCUAAUCAGGCAUUAUAACGUGCUUUUUUUCAAAGUGCGUCCAUUGUCUUUUACAUCAGCUGUUUUCUAGCUGGGGCUCUGGUUAAAAAACGAAGCUUAAGAGGAAACAAAAACAAAGAUAUUUAACAGAAAUCAUAUUUAUUUUUUCAGAAUUCAGAAUCUUUUUUCGUCUUCUCUAUUUUUUAAUUAUUUGAUUAUUUUCUCCAGGCCCCCUGAAAUGUAUUCAAAAUCAAACGAGUCUAUAAAAAUAAUUUCCGAUAUGAGUUUUAACCAUUCAAAUGCCAGGUUUUUGUCAC